AUGGCACUAGUUCGGUCCUUUCAGAUUCUUCUACCAAAACUUCCAUCGGUGCCAUUUAUCGGGGCCAAUGUGGCCAACACAGUUACAGAAACUACAGCAGGCGGUGCUUGGGGACUGCUAUUGUCGCGUACCGUAAUGCGGAAUCAUUUUCCUCGAGCACGCGAAACCAAACGUGUGCGAGUUCAUGGCUGGCUCAAGAGAAUGUCCACUCCGGCAGGGCGGCGUAUACUGAUGCGACAAAUACUCAAAGGGAAGCAUGUACUAUCGCACUGAUGUGUUUGGAAAAUGUUUCUGCAAAUAUAGAAUUCCACUAAA